CACUGGCCAACAUCGCACAUCUGUACCCACGUCUUCAAGAGUUUUGGAGUUGUAUUUUCCUCCUCGCACGAAGAGCUGCAGAACUACCUUAACCAUCGCCUCUUCGCGUCAGAUCUUGGCUUCUUCAAAGGAUUUCUACAUGCUACGAACCGUGAUGAUGACCUUUCACCAGGUCGAGCAGAUUGCGUCGUGGGUUGUCAGAAAAUACAUCCGAUUCCUUUUACUUGGAGCAGUGUCGGCGUGUGCUAUGCUGAACUUGGCGCUGCACGCAGGCGCUGGCCUGCAGUACUACUGCGAGGGAGAAUGUCUACUGAACUCCCUCAAAGCCCCAGUGGCCUCUCUAGACAAGAGCGCCAUCAUGCACAUCAGAAAUCACUGGACAGAUCCGCCAGCGCCCAAAGGCUCCUACAAGGCUGACUUUCCUUUAGAAAAUCCUCCUUGGCUCACUUUGGGGAACUGGGGAGACGCUUACAAAUUCAUCAACAGUUAUUUCAAAAAAUAUGAGAAACCAGGGACAUUCAUGGAAAUUGGCGCCCAAGAUGGCGAGUUCAUGUCACUGACGCUGUUCUUGGAAAAGGAACUUGGGUUCCAGGGCCUCCUCGUAGAACCCAAUCCUCUCGACUACCGAAAGCUGAGGGAGGCCAAGAGAUCGUCGUUCUCCAUCAACGCCUGUGCCACACCUGAAGCAGGCCACAAGAAGGACCUUCUUUGGCUGAGGGAUACGCCAGACAACCUGCCGCCUCUCUUGCACAGAAUCCAGGAGGGCAGUAACAGGCUAUUGCAGUAUGUCUCCACAGAGGACCGCGAACUGGGGCAGACGGUGGAGGUGCAGUGUUUCAACGCAGGGGCGAUGGCAGUUGCGGCCCUCAACACCUUAACUAUUGAUCUCCUCACCAUCUCGACGCAUGGAGGUGAACUUGACAUACUGAUGUCCAUCCCUCUCAGGGUCAGAUUCAGGAUGAUCGUCUUGCUGGUCCCUCUGGCCACAGAGGAAGAGUGGAGUGAGGUCAAGAAACUCGCUGAUUCCAGAGGCCUUGUGUCCGUGUUUGACAAAUACAACGUCCACAUUCUCAUUCCCAAAUCCGAGGUCAAAGUUGUGUAACUGUUGCAAGAUAAUCCUAAUAGUUCUGGGAAAAACACACAUGUUAAGCCGAACCAUUACAACCAUGUUCAGAAUUAAAUAAUGUAAAAAUGAGCAAAUCGCAGGCUGAAUCCAGUGUGAUUUUGUGAUGCAGUGUUCCGUUUCCUAAUAUAUUUAGAUAAUCUGAAACCCAGGAAAUUCGAAAGAAAAUGAAGAGAUAUUCCUUCUCAAAUUGGGUACGAACUCGAGCUGGUUAGUAUUUUAAAACCAGAAGAGGAAGAUGCGAGCUCAUUGUGGUUUAAUAAUCCAUACAGCUGGAGAAUGUUAUCAAUAGGUAAUUUCACGCUAUAGGCUAGCCGGCCCCGCCCCCACUCCCCAGAAAAAGGUCAACAUUACAUCAUGUUGAAGAUGGGUUGUUGCCAGGUCUAGUAACAUUGAAUAAAUUUCUAUCUUCCUUUUGAUUUAGAAGGUUGGUACUGACCAUCAGGCUUAUGACCAGGAUGAAUUCGAACCCCACCAGAGAGGGAGAAUUUCUUCAUUUACUUCCUUUCUGAUUUCAAGGCUUUCGGAGUAAAAGCGUAUUUAGACAUAUUGGGGACCAGAGAUGUUAAGAGGGCAUUAUGAAUAUUACAAAUGCACGCAC